AUGGCAAAUGACAAUAUCAAUACUACCACCGAUAAUAAGAGUUUAGAAGCAACGGAUACUAUUGAAGAAGAAGUAUUAUUAGUUGUUCUUGAUGACGACGAUGGUGAUGAUGAUUACGAAUAUGCAUUGCUCGGUUCGCCGAUACCACAGGCACAUGUUUUAUUAAAUGAAAAACCACCAGAACAAAUUGUUUCCACGCCAGUUUCUACAGCAGAAGAUUCAGAAGAAAAAGUCGAAAUCGAGAUUAAAAAUCUUCUUACUCCGUUAGCAAGUGAAUCAAAAGCGAAAUUGAAAAAAACUUGCAAUCCUUCAAAAAUAUCGAACCGGUCAGAAAAAUUGAAAACUCAAAAUUCUGAAAUGAAUUCAAAUUGUACGCGAGACAAACCUCAACGACGACGUAAAAGACGUUUAACGGCAAAUUCGAUCGCUAAUAACAAUAAAGACAGUCAUACUACUGAUAAUAAUUCGGCUAGUUCUAUUCUUUCAAAUAUUUCAUUCGAUGAAUCACCGAAUAUAUUAACAAUUGCUCGUAUGGGCACAAUUUAUUAUUGUGUUGAAGACCUUUAUGCAAAAGUAUUUUCAACUCUAUGUACAUUCGAUGAAUAUAUGUAUUUAUUAGCAAAAGUUGAUGGAAAUAUUCUUAAAGAUGCUACACUAUCAGAAAAAAUCUCAAUUGAACAAAAAGAUCCUAAUUUAAGAAGCCUCAAUCCAUCACGUUAUCAUCUUUUAGCAAUAAAUUCAUUCGAGUAUUUAACUAAACUAAAACAACUAUUAAAAAAAUACGCAAAGCCUAUGGAUGAAAUGAUUAGAGAACUCUCAAAUACAAAAUUCACACCGCCAUCCGGUUCGCUCGUAGAAAGAACAACAUCAAUACCAAUGCUCGCGAAACGUAAUCUAACCAAUGAUACUGAUAAAAAUCAUAAACGUGUAAAACGUUUUAUAAGUGAAUCACAAUCGGAAUCAAGAACUUGUUUUCCAUCUGAUAGUCAUGAUAAUUGUAAUGGAGAUUCCACAAAUGAAACAGUAGCAUUCAUUCCUCGUUCAAAUUCGAAUUUAGAAAUUUUACGAAAACCAAUAUCGGUGAACGAUCAAAAAGCCAAUCGUCAAUUGCAAUCAGAACAAACUUCCAAUAAUAGUUUACCAUUGAAUAAAUAUCAACAACAAAAUAUGAAUUGGCUGCAAGCCGCAUCAAACGCAAGCCACUCGAUCGAAUGUACUAGUAGUGAUACGUAUUCGAUGCCGUUGAUUGUUGAUGUUGAAGAAAAUGUUCAUGCAAAUGCUCAAAAUAUAAAAAGAACCGAAACAAAUUCAUCAUCGUCCCAUCGACAAAUAAUAAAUCAUACUAUGUUACCAAUGCCAAUAAAUCAAUCAACUCCAAGUCCUUAUUCUCAUGCGCAUCGAUCUUCACCUUCAUGUCACGCACCGUACGAUCCUUAUUAUCGAAAUUCUUAUUCCACAUUAUCAUCAUCGAAUGAAAAAAUGAAAGAACUUAAUUCUAGUCAUCAUGAUCAACAGUCAAAAAUGAUUUCAACAUCCUAUCCACUAUCAAACAUUCACCCAUGCUCAAUUAAUUCCAAUUCAAUGUCGUUCCGACGAAAACAAAAUGCUAAUCCCAUAUUGCCAUCCGCAAAACAAGUAUGUCAUUUGCCCUGUUGUUAUCUUCCAUCACCAUGCAAUAAAACUGCUAUGCCGAAAUCUAUCUCACCAAAUGAGAAAAUGACCUAUUCAAACUAUACAACUGCGGAAGCAAUCCAAUCGCAAACAGUAAAAACCCCGAAUUUACCGGUCCCUACGAAUCGAAAACAACGUCAACUUCAAUCUCGUCCAUAUCCAUUAUUGAAACCGGCUCCUUCUCGACUACCUACUCAUCCUCAAAAUUCAUUCACCAAUGAAAUGCAAACUAAAACGAAUGCUUAUCAUUCAAUACCGCCAACUGUUGUGCAAAAUUUAUCUACGAUAAUAAGUCCGCCAAAUACACCCAACGGUUUCGUAUCAUCAAAUGCGCGCCAACGGAAUUUCGAUAUAGCACAAGCCCUUGACCAACACGGCCAAUCUGAUAUAGAUAAAAUACCUAAAAUCGUCAUACGACAUACGAAAACAUAUUCAAAUAAAAAUGUUGACAGUAUGGGACAAUUAUUUCCCACAUGGUUUCGCGAACCCGAUUAUCGUUGUAUUCACUGUUUUACUUGUGAUCAAGUAUUUACACCACAAAAAUUCAUAGCACACGUUGACGAUGAACAAAUGGCAAAUAGGAAACCAAUAAAUAUGACACCUAUACAAUUAUUACCAUCCGAAACACUAUCAGAAUUUAAAGUUGGAUUAUGGAAUGAUUUCUGUAUUAAUCUAUCCUAUUAUACAAGUAAAUUGGCUGCAUUAAAAAAAAAAGAGAAAUACGACAAAACCAUCCAAGGAAAGGCCAAAUAUCCGGAUUUAUAA